CAUUUUCAAGAGUUUUUUGAAAAAAUUUCAUUUUCCAAACAAUAUUCUUUAAUAUUAUUACCAAUGAAUUUCUGAGAAAAUGUUCUCUCGAUUUCAAUCCAAUUUAGUCAACAAGAUUGAUGACAAAAGCGAUGUUCAAAAGUUAAUACCUAUAAGUGAUGAUCAAAAUGGCACCGAUAAUUCCGUAUCGAAUCGUCAUGAUGGACAAUCCUCUGGUCAUUCAUACAUUGUCAUUUUGUUUAUAUUACUAUUGAUUACAUUGUUCAUUGUAUUUAUUGUUGAUGGCUAUUUCGAAUUGGCAAUUUUACUAAAACUCACAAAGAUUCUUUCGUCACAAACAUCACUGAAUUAUAUAUGUAAAACUUACAUUUCUUAUGGUUUUGUACAUAGAGAUAAUGAAGCAAUAUCGACCAAUGUUACCGUUGAUGAUAUAUUUCGUCAUGAAUCAGAAUCGCCAGAGAUUUUCUUGGUGAAAUUACCAAAAUUUGAUAAAUCGGUAAAAAAACCUGAAAAAUGUUCCCAUUAUUCAUGUUUUGAUUUAUAUCGAUGUGGUCUAAUCAACUAUAAUCCAUUUGAUCUACCUAAACAAUUAAAGAACAAUGUUCCACAAGAACGAAUUAAAAUAUUUGUCUAUCCCAGCUAUAAAUUUGUCAUGAAUGACAAUCAAAUUAUCAACAUUUCUCAUUCAUUAGAAUAUCAAAGAAUUCUGCGCGCUAUUGUUACUAGUCCAUAUUAUACAAAUAAACCUCACGAAGCUUGUUUAUUCAUUCCAAAUGUUGAUACAUUAAAUUCUGAAGAAAUUGAUCGAUCUGUCCUAAACAAAAUUCUUUGGUCAUUGCCUUAUUUUCAGCAAACAAAUGGUACGAAUCAUUUGAUAUUUGUGAUGAUAAAUCAAAAAUACCAUUUGAAACGAAAUUGGCUACCAAAUUUUCCUCAAAUAAUGAUUGCCAGUGGAAUGUUUACUGAUCGUAACUAUCGAUUGAAUUUUGAUAUAGCAACACCGGUUUAUAGUCUAUUUGCACAACUUUACGAAUCAUGGCCAAAUUUGAAACCAUAUGAAUUCGAUGUUUCCAAAUUGAUGCAACAGAAACGAAAAUGGACAAUUGUUUCCACUCAGAUGAGUGUGAUAUCUGAACAAAAUCAAAAAUCAUUAUUACGAUUAGAAUCAUUUUAUUCAAAUCGAAUGAUACUAUUUGGAUUCGAUUGCUCAUUAUCUGUAAAAGUUAUUAAAUCAAACAAGCUACCAUUUUGGCAAUAUCGAAAUGAAUCCAGCAAGCAUAUCUGGCGUUCAUAUAAAAAAACUAUUAUUUGUAAUAAUGAUCGACAUAUUUAUCAGCGUUAUCUGGAUGUUUUACAUGACUCUCAAUAUUGUCUAAUAAUGCCAUCGGCUUCCGUUCCAACUGGUCCAUUACUGACCGAUAUUUUAAUGAGUGGUUGUAUUCCAGUGAUUGUGGAUGAUAAUUAUGUUCUUCCAUUUCAAGAACGUAUCGAUUGGACAACAAUAUCUUUACGUAUCCGGGAAAGAUCAUUAAACAAUUUAUUUGAAAUAAUUGAUUCACUUUCAUCAACUGGUCGUUUACAACAAUUACGGUUGAAUGCAUUGAAUGUUUGGAAUCGAUUUUUUCGAAAUGUUGAAAACAUUGCACUUACAACAUUGGACAUCAUUAAUGAACGAGUUUAUCCAAAACCCCGCAAUAUUCAAUCAACUUUUGCUGAUAAAUUUCAAGAAUUGACUCCCUUAUCGUAUGAUUAUUUUGCCAAAGGAUUCAAUUAUAUAAGCCCAAAAAAUUUAAAUCUAAUUUCUGAUGGUUUUACUGCCGUUAUUCUCACAUACAAUCGUCUGGAUAGCCUAUUUCAUGUGGUCUCAUCAAUCUCUCGAGUUCCUGGCUGUCAAAAGAUUCUAAUUGUUUGGAACAAUCAGAAUGAACGACCACCAUUGAAUGAUCAAUGGGCACCAUUUUCUAUGCCCAUUCAGGUCAUACAAACUAAUCAGAAUAAAUUGAGUAAUCGUUUUUUUCCAUAUGCAUCUAUCGAAACCGAAGCAAUUUUCGCCAUCGAUGAUGAUAUAACUAUGUUGAAUCCGGAUGAAAUCGAAUUCUCUUAUCAAACAUGGCGUGAAUUUCCUGAUCGUAUUGUUGGAUUCCCAUCGCGGUUACAUUUAUGGAAUAAUUUAACCGAAUCUUGGACAUACGAUUCCGAAUGGAAAAAUAAAAUUUCAUUGAUAUUGACGGGCGCGGCAUUCUAUCAUCAUUAUUAUAAUUAUCUUUAUACAUAUGUCAUGCCCGAAACCAUACGUAAAUGGGUUGAUGAUAAUAUGAAUUGUGAAGAUAUCGCUAUGAAUUUUCUUGUUUCAAACGUUACUGGCAAAGCACCCAUCAAAGUAACACCGAGAAAAAAAUUCAAAUGUCCCGAAUGUUCCAAAGCAAAUAGUUUAUCCACCGAUGUUGUUCAUCAUCUUCAAUUACGUUCACGAUGUAUCGAUCAUUUCAGUAAGAUUUAUCGGAUGAUGCCAUUAAAAGCAGUUGAAUUUCGAUCCGAUCCUGUAUUAUUUCGUGAUAACAUUCCGGAAAAAUUUAAACAUUUUAGUCUUAUUGGCAAUUUAUAAAAAAAAACUUUGAUAAUCAAUCAAUUUAUUGCAUAUGACAAUUUCAUUUCUAUCUACUGAUAAUAAUG